AUGGCGUCCUUGUCUGUUAUUCGCAACGUUGUUGCAACUGUUGUUUCACUAGCUGCAUAUGCCGAUUGGAGAUACACGACACUAAUACUAAACUGUUUUAUGCAGGUAUCUCUGGGAUCGGGGCUUAUAUACGUGGACUUCCUCAGCAAGAUAGAUGAGUUUACCAUAAAUGCACCCCUCUAUCCUGAGGUGACAAAAUGGCUGAUAUUUUCAAUUUCUCUACUAUCGUUUUUCAUGACCGUUGCUCUUUUGCUCUCCCAAAAAAAUGUAGUUUUCAGGGAACGUAAUGUUCUAUCUGACAUCACGUCGAUAUUAGAUAUAUACAAUGAAUAUUAUGAAGAAGACCUAAGAUUAAAACAGGCGGAGCCAGAGGAAAAAGGAAAAGAAGAGCAGAAAGUGUCACAAUUGGAAGUUGAAGAUGUUUCAAAUUUGGCUUCAGAUGAGGUAGUGACCGUUGUAAUGGAGCAAGAUGAGAAGCCUGAGACUAGUCAUCCAUUUGUAGCUAUGGAUACCAAAGAUUUUAUGGAGGCGAUUGCCGAAAAUGUUGUGGCAAAAAACGUCGAAAAAUUACAGACUGCCGCUGAUUCCAUCACUGCAAACGUGGUAGCUGCAUUUUCCAACAAACUUAUGAUCACAGACAUCAAAAAGUUACCUGAAAAGAAUACUAGCUCUCCUAAAACACCUAAUACACCUCCUAUGGAGGUUAGAAGUGGAGACAAAGUAAUGAGAAAUGUGGGUCCUUUGCCUGACCUGGUGCACAAAAACAUAUUUGGUACACCUUUAAAUAUGCAUAUUGCUCCUUUUGAUUGUUCAAUGGCAACGCAAUUUGAAAAUGCACAAGAGUGCCCUGUUAUUAUGUUAUCUAAAAGUAUUACAGACAUACCAACAUUUUCCAGCGACGAACAAGGAUUGAUUUUUGACAAGCCUCAAAAAUUGCAAGAACACCUUUAUAAGAAAUAUGAUGGAACCGUGAUCAGGGACCCAGAUAUAAUCCGUAAUACCAUGAAUUUAACUUCACCACUAGUCCUUAUCGGUUCGAUAGAGAAUAUGGAAGUGGAAACUUGUACCAUAAUACAAGAAAACGUCGAAAAUUCAUCCCAGACCUUAAACCCAAAUAUCUGUGAACAUCACAACCUUGACAUCGAUAAAACAGUCCCUAUAUUUGAAACUCUAGAGAAACGAGUUGAAAAUUUGGCAAGUGAGGUAAAGAGAAUAGCUGAUAUCAGUACUGAACGUAUGUUGCGUGAUAAUGAGACCCACAUCAAACACACCCAGGAUGCACAACCAGUAUGCACCUCACCAGUUAUUAAGAUAGAAUUACAACUAGCAAUAUGUGACAAGACACGCAGUGAGGUGUCGACACCAAUUAAUGCAAAAAUAAUACAAGAGGAACAACCUCUAUCUGUUGUUGCAGAGUGUUCAGUAUUCGAUGACAAGGUCAAAGAUGCAGAAGUGGAUGGAGACAUUACAAUGGAGGACAAAGUAUUGGACUCUCAACCCGAAUUAACUAGUCAGGAAUAA